AUGCACGCCGCCAUUACUGCAAUGCAGUUAUUGCACGACGAUACGGCCGUCCGCGCCACGUCCACACGUACGCCCCACCGGUCAACGCCGACUUUUAAAAAAACACGCCCUCACGGCUGCCAACUGCUCGGCUCGGCUCGCGCCCUCACGAUUGCCAAGUCGCUCGGCUCGUCCCGCAGCCGCGUAUACACAGGCGCGGGGGGUAUCGCCGCGGACGCGCGGGGGCAAUAUUUUUUACAUAAGACGAUCGUGCCCCUGGCAGCGAAGGGAAGUGUACAAGACCACGAGAAACGGACAUUGUUGCCACCACAUGACAAACAAGAUGGCAAGCAGGAAGAGGAGAGUGACUUCAUUGAUGUACUUCUAUCGGUUCGGCAGCAGAAAUACUAUGAUGGUAUCACCAGAGAGCAAAUCAAGGCCAUCUUAAUGGACAUGUUUGCUGCGGGCACGGACACGUCGUCCUUCGCCGAGGAGGCCUCUAUGGCUGAGAUCAAGUGCGACCCUCGGGUCAUGACUAAGCUACAAGCCGAGGUGAGAAACAACACACCGAAGGGGCAAGACUUGGUCGAGGAAGAGAACUUAGCCAACAUGACAUAUUUGAAGGCAGUGGUGAAGGAGACGCUUAGGUUGCACCCGCCGCUACCGCUCCUCAUCCCUCACCUUUCCAAGGUAGAGAGCGAAGUUGACGUUGCUGGAUACACGGUCCCUUCUGGAGCAUGGGUCAUGGUGAACUCAUGGGCUAUCAAUAGAGACCCCGAGUGGUGGGAGAAGCCAGAGGAGUUCCUGCCAGAAAGGUUCAUGGAGGGUGGUAGCGCCUCGGCGGUGGACUUCAUGGGGAAUGACUUCCAAUUUUUGUCGUUUGGAGCUGGCAGGAGGAUCUGCCCUGGUAUCAACUUCGGGCUGGCGACCAUCGAGAUCAUGCUGGCAAACCUUGUGUACAGUCACGACUGGGAGCUGUCGUCCGCCGCGGGCAAGAAGGGUAUUGACAUGAGAGAAGUGUUUCGCUUGAGUGUCCGACGGAAGGAGAAACUGAUGCUUGUUCCCAAGAACCACUCAAGUGUGUGA